AUGUUUAUAAUUUGGGCUACUUUUAUCUACAGAAAUUUAAAGCAUCAACUGUCUGUCUCUUCUAUCUAUCUAUCUAUCUAUCUAUCUAUCUAUCUAUCUAAGUCUGUUUAUAUCUAUCUAUCUGCUCCAUCUAUCUAUCUCAGUCUGUUCAUAUCUAUGUAUCUAUCUAUGUAUCUCCAUCUGUUCAUAUCGAAGUCUGUUUAUAUCUAUCUAUCUAUGUAUCUAUCUAAAAAUUUUCCAAAAAAAAUAUUUGGUCUAUCGAUAAAUUUUGAAAUCUAUGAAUCUAUCUAUCUAUCUAUCUCUGUUUAUAUCUAUCUAUCUGUUCCAUCUAUCUAUCUCAUUUAUAUCUAUCUAUUUAUCUAUCUAAACUUUUUCCAUCAAAAUAUCUGUCUAUCGAUCCCCAUCUGUUCAUAUCUAUCUAUCUAUCUAUCUAUCUAUCUAUCUAUCUGUUCAUAUCUAAAACAUCUAUCUAUCUAUCUAUCUAUCUAUCUAUCUAUCUAUCUAUCUAUCUAUCUCAGUCUCUUCAUAUCUAUCUAUAUUCUCUUCAUAUCAUAUCUAAACUAUCUAUCUAUCUAUCUAUCUAUCUAUAUAAAUUCUAUCUAUCUAUUUAAUCUGUUCAUAUCAUUAUCUAUCUCAGUUUCUUCAUAUCUAUCUAUCUGUCUAUCUCAGUCUUUUCAUAUCUAUAAAGAAAAUCUUUCAUAUCUAAUAUCUAUCUAUUUCAUAUUAUCUAUCUAUCUAUCUAUCUAUCAAGAGUAUCCCCAUAUAUAUCUAUCAUUAAUCAUAUCUAUCUACAUCUAUCUCAGUCUUUUCAUGUCUAUUUUAUCACAUAUUUAUUAUCAUCUAUCUAUCUACAUCCCUUCAUAUCUAUCUAUCUAUUUAACACUGUCUGGAGAAAAAAAAAAGCUUUUCUUGUCUCAAACAAUGACUGGCACGGUCUAUAUCUAUCUAUCUAUCUAUCUAUCUUUGAAUUCUUCAUAUCUAUCAAUCCAUCUAUCUAACUCUUUUAAGAAUAUCUAUUAUCUAUCUAUCUAUCUAUCUAUCUAUAAUCUCAGUCCUUUUUAUCUAUCUUCAAAUCUAUCUACGUUAUCUAUCUAUUUAUCUAUCUAUCUAUCUAUCUAA